AAAGUUGAACCUGUAUCUUCAUCAUGGCGGCUGACAUGAACCUAGUACUGAAGGUCUUAGAACUGAUAUUCGGCCUGAUCGCCUGGGCCCUGCUGGCAUCCGUCCACGGGUUCUGGGCGUGGGGAGGUCAACACUGGGUCAUGUUCGUGCUGGUGACGUGUUGGGUCGUCACCCUGCUGCUGCUCAUCCUUAACAAGGCCGGGGUCUUCUCUAACGACACUGUGGAUGUGAUCUAUGCGGUCCUAGCGGCUCUGUGCUACAUCACAGCAGCCAUUGUUCAGUGUGUGAACGCCGACAGACACAACUACUGGCACGGCCACCACUGGGGCUGGGGCAACCCCGUCUUUGAUAGGCACGCAGCGUCCGCAGCUUUCGCCGUGUUCACCUGUAUCCUGUACAUCAUUGAUGCCGUCAUGACUUUCAAGGGGAAAGGCAAACAGAUCCUGCCUAAAUAGAUGCCUUCACAAGAAGCCUGGAUGCCAGCCUAUAGCUAUUUUUA